AUGGGAGGUAAAAGAAAGAAAGGUGGAAAGAAAGGAAAUAAGAAGUCAAAAACGGUAGAUGAAGAAGUUGAGUUUGUUUGUACUGUCAAACCACGUCAGCAAACAGAGCAAGAGCAGGAUGGUGACGAAUCAGAGCAUGAUGUGCAGGACCAACCACAAGAAGUGAAGGACCAACAACAAGAUGUGCACGACCCAGAGCAUGAUGGUGAUCAUGAAAAGGAACAAGAAAAGGAGCAUGAUCAGGAGCGACAACAAGAGCAGCAAGUUUCUAACGAACCUGAAGGUGAGAUAGAACAUACUCUGGAGCCUGAGGUUGGAAGCUGUCGUAAGAGAAAGCGUGGACCAACCAUGAUGAGAGACUUGGCCAAAGAUCCAAAUACCAGAGUUCAUGUGGAUUUCACUUUUAUGGGAAAGCAUAUGGUCCUGGCAAGGUUUGAAGUUGAUGAGGAGUACCAAAGAGUUGCAGUUCUGAAGCAGAUGGGAGCUUUAUGGAGGUCAUCCAAGUCACGACUAGUAACCCAAAUCAAUGAAGCUGAAAAUAACCAACAAAUGAUGAAUCUCAGACCCAAGAAUGUGCCUCCAGUUGAAUGGCGUAAAUUUGUGAAACUAAAGACAAGCCAAGAAUUCAAGGUUCUGAGUGAUAGCUACAAGGAGAGGAGACGCAAACAGAUUCCUCACACUUGUAGUCGAAAGGGAAUGGUUCGACAAGCAGAAGAAAUGAAAAAUAGUUCUGAAGACCCAUCUGAAGUUUCAAGACUUAAAGUCUGGGUGAAGUCACGUACAAGAAAAGAUGGAACUCCUAUAAACACUAAUGCCGCUGAGAAGAUUCAAAAGGCUGCUGAGAUUGCUACCGGUGCUAAGCAGACUGGUAAAAACGAAGAUGAAGACACACUCAUCCAGGUUUUAGGACCUGAUAAUCCUGGUCGUAUGAGAGCAAUGGGGAGGAAUGUCAGUAAGACAAAAUUAGCUUGCUUCAAUGUCAACCACAAGUCUAUUUCUGAAAUGCAAGAGAAGCAAUUGCAUCUCCAGAAAAAGGUUAACGAGUUACAGUCUGAACUUGCGAAAGUUAAAAACCAGAGAGAAGACAAUGAGAUUGGGGAAAAAUCGGCUGCUAGAGUAAGUUGUUAUCAUAUAAGCUGA